UGGGCCACUUCAUCUAAUAUUUGGAGGCCUUUGUCCCUCCAACACAUGAGAUCAGAAGAAGACAGUAGAUUCAGAUUUGGGGAACAUUUGGUUGAUUAGGGUUUCUUGUUGUUGAUCCUUUUGUUUUGUGUAGCAGUUGCUUCAAUGUCACAACAACAGCAAACAAUGGAAGCAAUCACUGAGGGAGUGAACAACAUCAAUAUCACUGAAACGUAUAAGAAGAAUCGUAUCCAGGUCUCAAAUACCAAAAAGCCUCUAUUCUUUUACGUCAAUCUCGCCAAGAGAUACAUGCAACAGCAUAACGAGGUCGAGCUCUCAGCUCUGGGAAUGGCUAUUGCUACAGUGGUUACUGUUGCUGAAAUCUUGAAAAACAAUGGGCUUGCUGUUGAAAAGAAAAUCAUGACAUCAACCGUUGACAUAAAAGAUGAUUCCAGAGGAAGACCCGUCCAGAAGGCCAAGAUUGAAAUAUUGCUGGGGAAGACUGCAAACUUCGAUGAGUUGAUGGCUGCAGCGGCUGCUGAAGAUGGUGAAAAUGGAGAUGCUGAAGAACACACUACUUAGAGGAAAUGUACCUGUCUCGAGUGAAGAAGACAAUCCUUAAUGAACGAACUGCCAUGGUGUGGUUUGUGUAGGUAGCGGAGAAGCAUAGCAUUCAAUUUUAUAUAGAUUGAUUUGCAGUGUUGAACUAUGCUAUUCCUUCAUUUCUUAUCCCUAUAAAUAUUUUUUUUUUUUUGUGUUUUUGCUGUUGCUGGGUUUAGUUUGUCAUUUCUCGGUCGAUAGGAAGUAUUGGCACACUUAACUAGUUCAGUUUGAACAAUAACAUAUAAUCCAAGAGUUUUGAUCCUUGCUCAUCA